UUUGACAAAUUGAGAAUUGAUUAUGAUUGAAAAUGAACACGUUAUGAUGACUAAGAAAUCAAAAUUCAAAAACUUCCUACUUGGUAUUCGCUUUCCCAUUUACAAUCAUAAUGAAAUAUUGAACUGAUGUCCAUGAAAAAUACUACCAUCAGCGGUAUAAAAAGGGAAGAAUGGAUGCCUUGCCCCAAAGUUGAUAUAGACUACCCAGGUCUAGCCUAUUUAUGUUCUUUAGAUGAACUCAUAUUGGUCGAGGAAACUCAUAAAUUGCAUGAUUUAAUAGGACUUAGAAGGAAAGAUACAAGCUACACGAUCAUCAACAAUCAAGGCCAAAAAGUAUUUCUAGCAGUUCAAAAAGGCAAAUAUAAAUUUGAAAUCAGGAUAUACAAUGUUUAUGGCAAUGAAAUAAUAAAAGUGAAUAGACCAUACUCAUGGUGUCUAAAUAAAGCAUUAAUUUGGGCUCCACCUGGAAACUUUGUAGGAUCCGUGCAAGAAACAAAAUCUUGCCUGAAAACUUACCUUGUAAAGAACCAUUUAGGUGAAAAGGUUUUGAAAAUAAAAGCAAGAGGGUUCACAAAGGACGAUGUUUACAGCAUUUUUUCGCAAAGCGAAGUGGUUGGACUUGUCACCACUAGAUGGCGUUAUGCAGUUUCAUUUCCUAUUGAAAUGGAUGUUCCCAUAAAGUGCAUUUUGCUCGGCGCCUGUUUUCUGAUUUGCUGGAAGAACCAACAUUUCCUAUAA